AUGACCCAAGUUAUGCCCCCGAAGCCUGACCUAGGCCCCAUCUCUCUGAGUGAGAAGAAGAGACUCUCGCUGCCAUCCCUUAGCGACUCUUCACAAUGGAGCCGUUUGGACAACAGCUUUGCCUUCUAUCCUGAUAGUCCUCCUCUCAGCUCCUCAUCUUCUUCAGAUUUUGGCACUGUCGUCGACCAGACACUGUGCCAUUUCGCCCAAGUGACUCAGCAACACGAACCUGUCGUUGCAGUCAUUGGUGUUGGCUACGUUGGCAAACAUAUUGUCAGCUCAUUCUCUUCGAGAUACCAAGUCAUUGGCUUUGAUGUAUCUGCUACGAGGAUCAAAAAUCUCAAAGUCGAGUACCAAGACAACACGAAUGUGCAGUUUUCUCAAAACCCACAGGAUCUUCGCAGAGCAACGCACUUCUUGAUUUCAGUCCCAACCCUACUGCGUCCUGAUAAGACCAUCGACUCUUCUUAUCUUCGCGAGGCGUUGAAGACUGUUGGAGAGAUCGCCCGCUCUGGGUCCACAGUUGUUAUUGAGAGCUCUGUAGCCGUUGGCAUGACUCGUCAACUUCUUGGCCCUCUUGCUGCAAGCCGAAAGUUCUUUGCGGGGAUGUCGCCAGAGCGAGUCGACCCCGGGCGCGUUGAGCCUCCUGUCAAUUCCAUUCCAAAGAUCAUCUCUGGUUUGGAUGAUAUUGCCCCCGGCUCCCUCGAUGCCAUCUCCCGAAUCUACUCUACCAUAUUCGAUACUGUUGUUCCUGUAUCGAAGCCAGAAGUGGCCGAGAUGAUGAAGCUCUAUGAGAACUGCCAAAGAAUGGUUUGCAUCGCUUAUGCCAAUGAAAUGGCAGACGCAUGUAUCCCACACCAUAUCGAUCCGUAUGAAGUCUGCGAGGCUGCCUCAACAAAGCCAUUUGGAUACAUGCCAUACACUCCGAGUGUUGGUGUAGGCGGGCACUGUAUUCCAGUCAAUCCGUUCUAUCUCCUUUCCAAUAGUCACUUCCCUCUGUUGGAGUGUGCUUCACUGGCGAUGCAGUCUCGGCCAUCCCGGCUAGCUCAGAGAGUACUGAAGACUCUGCGUCAGAGAGUCGUAGGUCGAACACCUCAGGUGCUGGUGGUGGGCGUAGGCUUCAAGGCUGGUCAAUCGCAGAUAGACAAUUCUCCAGGUGCUGAAUUAGUCAGAACCUUGGCUGUUUCGCAUGAGGUCAAUGUCUGCUGGGUGGAUGCUCUGGUUAAGCAAGAGGCAUUCCCACAGGUACGUCGGCUACCUGACGCGGACUGGCGAAGGGGUGUUUUAGAAACAUUUGACGUUAUUGUUGUCGCCUCUCGACAGCCUGGUCUAGAUUUUAGUCUUCUUGAUGAGGUUGAGGGUGUUGAGGUUGAGAGAUGGUGCCACGUCAAUGAGAAUGGCACACUGCGGGCCAUUGACGAUUGGGCGGACAAUGAGAAAAUGGUUGAUGGCGAAAAAGGUUGCCUUGCGGCAAUCUCCAAGCUGAAAAGCCAACACCCGCAUAUCAAGACGCUUGUUUCCAUCGGCGGUGGCUCUAGCAGCAAAGAGUUCCCUGCUCUUGCGGCAAACAGAACAGCAAGACAAACCUUUGCGCGCCGGAUCAGUGAAUUCUGCGUAACCCAUCAAUUCGACGGUGUUGAUAUUGAUUGGGAGCACCCUCAGACCCCCGAAGCAGGAAGAAACUAUGUUCUUUUCCUUCAAGAUAUUCGAAACGUCAUGACACACUCUCAGUUUUUGCUUACAAGUGCUCUCCCCACGGGCGAAUACUGUCUCAAGCACAUUAACCUUCCAGUUGUGGCUCACUUGCUCGACUUUCUCAAUCUCAUGGGAUACGACUUCACAGGAGGAUGGACUGAUGUGUGCGGACAUCAUGCACAACUCUUGCCUCCAAGUCAGAAUCUCAACGAAGUAUAUCCGACACUCCGUAAGUCAUGUCAACGCGGCGUUGAUUUCCUGAUUGCGAACGGCUUUCCUCGUCACAAGAUCAUCCUUGGAAUUCCAGCAUACGCCAGAUACUUUGGCCAGGCGCGAGGACCAGGUCACCCUUUCAAGGGUGCCGGUGAAAUUGAUUAUUGCGAUUUGCCGGACGAGUGGGUGACAAAUGCCGAGGUCGAUCAAAUCGUUGCAGCGGCAUCCUUUGUUGACAACAAGGGUGACAAAGGGUUUGUGUCAUUUGAUGUUCCCAGUACUGUUUCUAUCAAGGCAGGGUAUGCCAAGGCUCUGGGCUUGGGUGGUUUGUUCUACUGGACAGGUGCCGGUGAUCGAAAGGGCUGUGAGAGUCUGGUCACCGCAGGAUGGACAGCGCUCAAUUCCCAGUAG